UAUACACACACGCAUCUCGCCCACAUCGCUUCGCGUGACGUUCUCACCCCGGAUAUGCCGAGGCAUGCGCCGUAAAAAUCCCGGGAUUGAUGUAUCGCAGAGCGCAGAUCUGCAUUUACUACCUGCUAUGCAUAGCAGCAGUGACCUUGACGUAUACCUCCGACUUGGAGAUUACUACAACGAGAAGUCGGGACUGUCCACCAGAAUGUAUUUGCCUUUCUCCAAAACAGGUGCUCUGCAAUACAGGCGGCCUCGAGGACAUCCCGGCGCACCAGCUGCCGGAGACCGUCGAGGAGCUGUCGCUGACGAAGAACAACUUCCCGGUGAUAAAGGGCGACGCGUUCGCCGGCCUCCGGGCUCUACGUAAGCUCACCCUGGACGGCAACAACAUCACCUCCAUACGACCGUUCGCGUUUCGCGGCCUGAACCGGCUGCGCGAGCUGUCAAUCCAGCACACCCCGCUGCCGUACAUUGAGAAGUUCUCGUUCGCCGCGCUGCAGAACGUCUCGGUGCUGCUGCUGGCGAACAACAAGAUCCGCUACGUCGAGGGCUACUCGUUCGCCGGAACGUCGAACGUGAACGUGAUCCUACUGAGCAACAAUCCGCUGCUGACGAUUCGCAGCCACGCGUUCGCCGGCCUCACCAACGUCAACAAUCUCAUCUUCCCGUCCGGCAUCCGCACGAUCGAGCAGGAGGCCUUCGACGGCCUCCAGUACGUCGGCCAGCUCAAGCUCAGCUACAUGGACCUGUCCGGGCUGCAGGCUUACACCUUCCGCGGCCUCCAGCACGUGCACUCGAUCUACAUCCAGGAGAGCGACCUCGGCGUGGUGCAGAGGAACGCGUUCGCCGGCCUCAAGCACGUCGGCCGUCUCAACGUGCUCAACAACAAAAUCGACCUGAUCGAGCGUCUGCAUCUGCGCGACGACAACCACAUCGAGAUCCUGCGCUUUCACGGCAAUCACGUGCUGGAGGCGCCGCGCCACGCCAAGGACGUCAUCCUCGAGGUAGACACGGUCAGCGCGAUCGAUAAUCACUUCCCCUGCGACUGCCAGGCGCACAACGUCCUCGAGAGCGACUUCGCCCGCGGCAGCAGCGCCGAGUUCCAACGUCGCAACUACUGCAUCUCGCCGUUCGAGUACAACGGCAAGCCCAUGAACGUCGUCGACUUCGACCUCGUCGCGCGAUGCCACGACAACGUGAUCCAGGACAACUUGGGCUCGGGCGUCAUCGAGAUGUCCCGUUUCUCGGUGCUGCUGCUGAUCGUCUUCCUGUUCGCGACAAACUUCUUCCGAUGAGCGGUGUACUUGCAACUCUUCCGAUUUCUUCGACGAUUAUUCCGCGCUUUUAGAUGCUCGAGGCGACGACGAACGUCGAGAGAACGAUCGUAUAUUUAAUAAGUGCGCGCUUACUGCUGUACGGCCAGUGUCGAGAGGUCUUCCUCCUUUGCCACCUUCCUCGGCGGAAUCUUCCUUCUGAAGCGGAGAGUCUUAUUUGAAGUCCAGUGAAGUUGACGAAGCAAGAAGACGUUUCGUACACUAGGUAUAUUAUCAUCGUAAAGUAUCGUAUCAAUCUCAAGCACGAAAGAAAUUUGCAUUAGAAAAAAAAAAA